AUGUUUGCACAUUCUAAGGACAAGUUUUUUGACGGGCCGGAAUCAACGUAAGCGCUUCUUUUUAAUUCAACCUGUAUUUAGAGAUAAAUUGUGGAAGUCGGUGAAGGAGAAAGUUGAAUAUAGGGCUGUCCUUACGGCCGAGAAAGACGCUAAAAGAGCGAAGGUCCAAGAACUUCUCAAUCUUCCCCAGAAUGAAGGUUCAGGUGUAGACGACACAGUUAUUACACGAGACCAACAGUUGGCUAUUACCGGACCAGGGGGAGCAUCAGUUGGAGCAUUGAACACUAUUUCAAAGAAGGGACCUCAGGAGAACUCCAUUAGGGCAUUGUUACCUUCGAAAGCGUCACUUAUAGUGAAACCAAAGUGGCAUCCCCCAUGGAAAUUGUAUCGGGUUAUCUCAGGGCACACUGGAUGGGUGCGUUGUGUUGAUGUCGAGCCUAACAACGAAUGGUUUGCAACUGGGGGUAACGAUAGAAUUAUUAAAGUAAGUUGAGGUCAGGGGAGGCAAGCUUUCCACGUGGAUCGGAUAUUUAUAUGUGCUUUUAGAUAUGGGAUCUAGCGACGGGGCAACUGAAGCUUUCCUUGACUGGUCACAUAAGUGCAGUUCGGGCUGUUAAAAUUUCCCAUCGCCACCCCUAUCUUUUCAGUGGUGGGGAAGAUAAACAGGUAUGUAAAAAAAUUUUUUGAUCACGCUGGAUUCAGGUGAAAUGCUGGGAUUUGGAAUACAAUAAAGUUGUGAGGCAUUAUCAUGGUCACCUGAGCGCGGUCCAAGAUCUUGCUCUGCAUCCCAUGUUAGAUCUGCUGAUCUCAACGGCCCGGGAUUCCACUGCCCGGGUAUGGGAUAUUCGAACGAAAGCGCAAGUAUUUUGUUUGAGUGGACAUACAGAUACGGUGGCUUCGGUGGUAUGUCAGGAGAUGAAUCCACAGGUUAUUACUGGAAGUCAUGAUUCUACUAUUAGAUUGUGGGACUUGGCUGCUGGAAAAAGUGUGUGUACAUUGACCAACCACAAGGUGGGUUUAUUUCGUGUACUUUUUGAGUAUCAAUCUAUUUUAACAGAAAUCUUCCAUUUCAGAAAAGUGUGAGAUCUCUGGUUCUUCAUCCCACAUUAGCCAUGUUUGCCUCAGGGUCGACAGAUAACAUUAAGCAAUGGAAAAGUGUGAAUGGAACCUUCUUCCAGAAUCUGAGUGGACACAAUACAAUGAUAAACACAUUGGCUGUUAACGAGGAUGGGGUUCUUGUGUCUGGAGGUAAAUGGAGCGUUGUUUUUUUUAUGAAUAUCUUAAAAAGUAUUUUUAUUGUUGGCUAGACUAGAAUUUAAAAAGUUUUGGAGGGUAUUUCUGAUAACCAUGUAGUAAUAACUUUUUGAAAAUUUAAUGAAAUUUAUUUCGUAAUUUAGGUGAUAAUGGAACGAUGCACUUCUGGGAUUGGGAUUCAGGAUUCUGUUUCCAACGAGAACAUCCACCUCCACAACCCGGGUCAAUCGAUUCUGAGAGUGGAAUUUAUGCCUUGACGUAUGACAAAUCUGGCAGAAGAUUGAUCACAGCCGAAGCUGAUAAGUCCAUUAAGAUGUGGAAAGAAGAUCCUGAUGCUGUAAGUUAAUUAGAAAUGAAAGUGGGGAGACACCACGGGCGUAGCCAAAAUUAAUGUGGUAGUUAAAAACCAGCACAAGGCUCACGUGGGCUUAGAGUUCUUACAACAAUUCUAUCCUAAAUUCUCAGUUUUGCCCUUGAAGCCGUUACUGCAGAACGCUUUCAAGGUCACUUGCUUUGAUCUUUAGUUCAGCCAAGCUACAGUAGAAUAAAAUUAAACCGAUUAAAAUUUGUUUGUUACAUUUUGGCGGGUGAUUGAUGAAGGUGUAGAUAGCAAGGGACGGAGAUAGUCACCGCCAUGUGACUCUGUUUUCCCUGAUUAUAACUUCCCUUUAAAGUGUUUACCGUUAUACUCUCCUUAAUGUUUUCAGACCGAAGAAACUCAUCCCAUUGUCUGGAGACCCGACGUUCUCAAAAAAUCUCGUUUCUAA